UUAGCCUGUGUUGACGCAAACAUUGCUUGAUUUGUUUCUGAUCGGAUCAAUAAAGAAGAAGCUGUACAAAUGACUCGAUUCACGAUUCGGUUCAUCGCUGCUUCUCGUUCACACGUGUGAGUCCGAUGGCGUCGCGCAUGCGCAGAGCGGUUGGUGGGGAUUUCCAGUGUGUUGAAGCUGGCACCGCACAACAUGUUGGUCCACAUACAUGGCCUCCCCUGCAAAAGGCUGACCUUGAACUCGCUGCUGGUGGCGGACCCUGAGAGUAACCUCGUACAAGGUGAAGACUGAGUUGUGUGUUUUUUUUUUGUUUUUUUUUUCCCCCCCUUCUGCUGCUCUGCCCACCCCCAACCUUUUCCCUCUGCCUUUCCCCUUCUUCCCUUCUUAAUCAGCUGCCUUCAGGGCAUUUUGGCUAAUGAGGCAUCCAGAGAUAGCCACCAGAGCAGACAUGAACACCAGGCAAAAUUGCUUCCGAAAUUAAACCAAAAGGCGGCUCCCAACCAGGCCACAGCUUUGAUAUCUCCUCUUUUCUUCUCUGCUGCCAAGUUGUAUAUGUGGAUGAUGAUUGUGUCAUACUGACCCCCGUCCCCAAAACCCACCCUCCUGGUCUGCCUGGCUGUUUGUGGCCAGAGGGCUCCUGAAAUGGCCUGAGGGAGAUUCUGGGCUGGGGGAAUGACCAAAGAGACAUUUGCAGCCUAAAGCGGCUCUCUGCCACAAAUGGAUGCCAAGCUUCGAGAGGACCUGUUCCGCAGGUAUGUGGCGUCCCUGGAAAAGCGGCUCGAAGAAGGAGCCGGGGGUGAAAUAGUAGGAGGAGGAGGUCAAGGAACCACGAGCGAGGAGGCACUUAUUUCCACGGCAACAGCCCUGCUGGGGGCGUAUCAGCCUGACCCCGGGCACCGCUUUCGCAUGAUCCGCUUCUACGAUAUUGUGGAGAAUUCGCUUCGGACUCUGAAGGGCGCCAACCUGCGCACACUGGAGACUGCUUUUGCCACGCUGGAGACGGUGUGCACCAACCUGCUGCUGUUUCCCUGGAAGAAGGAGUUCCGUUGCAUUAAGACCUUCACUGGGCCAUACGUGUACCAUCUUCAGUCUGCGAUUUGCGACGCAGACCUGCGCGCACUACUUCGCUCCAUGGGGUACUCGCGAGACCAGGAGCUGCAGUACAUCGUCCGUGAGCACCCUGGUGGUUCUGCACACUUGCGGCAGCUUGCCUUUGAGCUUCUGUUGGCCCAAGCUGAGUGCCGUCUUCUGGGGGAGGUGGUGGCUUUGUCCAGGGGCACAGCCUCAGAGCUGGAGGCCGUGGAGGUGAGAAGGAACACCAGGGAAGAUGCUGCAGGUUGUGCCGACGCUCUCCGCAGGCGGGACAGCCUUACCGGAGACAUGACCCGCUUAACGGUGCGCCCUGUCGAUAUCGAGCGCGCCCAUUUGAGGCGGAGCGGUCGCCCGUCUAAGUCUGUGGAUGUGACGGAUAGUGCAGGGCACUGGCACCAAGCCAGCAAACCCAUUCUUAAGGCAUCACUGAGUCUGCGUAAGGAGCCGCUGUUUGUAGACACUGAGGAAGACCUAAAGGACGAAAUCAUCCGUCCUGGGACUUCGCUUCAUCCUGCUGCAGCUCUGCCUUCGCACAGUCCAGUAGCUGACUUCUUCCCCAUUCAGUCUCCUCCUUCUGAGCCUUACCCUUACCACCUGUCUUCUUUGGACGAAAUCGAUCUGUACACCGAACGAGGCCUAGGAGGCCGGCAGACGCCUUCAAGGCCACCAAGCCGUGAAGCAAGGGAUGGCUGGGCGAUAAAAAGUCAUGGGGUAAAGUGCCAGGGCUGUGGAUUGGGCUGCCCAACUCUGUCCUCGUGCCAGAGGUGUGAUAUGAUACUAUGUCCGUCCUGUCAUGCAGUGGAGCCGACGCCAUGCUGUGGUUUUCAGGACUACCCGAAAACCUCUCGACCUCUGGACGGCUACAUGCCCGUGAAGGAGAAGCUCUCUGUCUAUUCCAGCUCUGCCCACUCUCAUACCCACCCCCACCCUCAUCCACAUCCUCUUCCCCAUUCCCACUCUCAUUCUCCAUUGCUGGACAAACCUAUGAUUAGCACCAAGCUGUUCCCUAGCAAGCCCUUAACCCUGAGCGCCCCCAGCCCCACUGGAGGCGAGCGCCUCAACUCCAGUGGGUCCCGCUGCGGCUUUUGCAACAAACCGGGCGCUUCUCACACCUGCAUAAAUUGCUCCAAGGUGUCGUGCGACUCGUGCAUGAGCCUGUACGCCAGCGACAUGUGCACGCGCAAGAGCCUGCACCACAGUUUUGUGCCCAACCACCAGCUCAACUACAAAUCCAGCACCAUAUCUCACCUGGUAUAUCGAUAGGCAUUACUACGCAUGCCUGUGGAGGUCAAGUAUGGACUGACUUGACAUUCUCUCUCUCUCAGAUGUUCAUAUCGACUAUCGGAAUGCAAUCUUCCUCACCGAGCUAAGAGUCAUCUCUCCUCCGGUCCAUUUUGCUGCCUUGUAGAAAUUCAGGCUGUACUCAAAAUUUUUGGUUCUUUAUUUUUGGUUGGUUGUUUUUCACCCUCUUUUCUUCUCUGUCUAUCGUCCAGUCAUGUGAUCUUGCAGUUCUUCCCAUUCUUUGAACCUGCCUUGACUUUACUAUGAUUGGAGAGAAAAAGAACAAGGCCAAAAAGCUGGAACAAAUCUCAUCAAAGCUUGACUGAUGUAAAUGACUGGAAAAUAAAAAAUAUGCAACGUAUAGGACUCUGUCCAUGCGGUUGUUGUGCAAAGACCUCUCCCUGGAACUAAAUUACCUACAGAGAACAUUUUUGGGCUUGAACAACUGAAAAAAAAAAAAUACACUGGAUUCCCAUAGUAUAUAUUUUGAUUCAUAAUUCUAUAGAUCUGUGUGAGACUGUUCAAAGGGUGGGGUGGGUUUCUGGGAGGGAGGGUUUUUUUUUUCUCAGUGGUGAAUUUGCAUCAUAAAUUGUAGUUACAGUGAAGACACUAGAUUGAACAUGCAGAUGAGAAAUACUUUAUUGGGUACUCCAUUAAGAGUCAUUUGGCCGUCUGAAAUGCUGCUGUUUCAAGUGGUAUAAAUUAGGCUGGGAUCUUUAUACCCUGAUUACAUUGAUGAUGUUAUAGUGUAGCUUGUUCUGCAGUUGGCUGGCAAUAUUCAAUGCAGUGCAUUAUUUAUUUAUUUUUUUCUGCAUAAUUAAUUGUGAUUUUUAAAGUAUAUCUAGUAUAUUGCAUAUUGCAAAGUUGGUUACAUUUUUUUCUUUGUGAAAUGUAAACUAAAAUGUUGACGUGUGACAAACCUACACAUCUGUUUGCCUUGUUUUACAGUACAGUUGAUUCUUGAAAUUAAUCUAUUUUACAUAUACUUACAUGGUUAACAAGUAACAGACAAUACUAUCUUGUUAUAUGUCUAUGUUUUUAAGCUUUAAACUCUGCCAUGUGGACAUUUCUAAUGAUGCUUUAGUGUACACAUUUUUGCUGGAUUUGUCCCCACACAGCAUAUCAGCUUCACUGGGGUGUUGCUAUGCAUUGACCCAAAUCAAUGUGAUCAGGGUGUAAGACACUGCUAAUCAUGUUCAUUAGGCUAUAAGUUGAUGGCAGUCACAUUUUCACGCCACCGUUUUGUUCGUCCAGCUGUGCAGAUGAUUGGUUGCUUGGAUUGUUUUAGUUACAUUUACACCCAACAUCAGUUUUCCCACUUCCAAAAUUCUGAAGCACAGUCCGCAACUUUGACACAUGGUCUAUGUAACUGAUAUCCUGAUUAUUUUUUAAAAUACUGAACAGUUUACUUGCAUUAACAGUUGUGAAAUGCCAUUUUCUUGUCUAACAUGCUUCAUCAGCAAUUGGUUUGAAUUAGCGUUCAAGAAGUCAGUUGUUUGUGACGUUUUAUCAAGUGAUGGGCAGAGUCCAGUCCGUUUCACAAAGCAGGAUUUCUCAGUUAGCUAAGGACAUUGAAGUAAUGAAUUAGACAGAAAGAAAGACUACCAUUGCUAAUAUGAGUAAAAGUAAAUAUCCAUCAGUUAUUAUGUAAAUGAAAUCAUAAUUGAUACCUAAUACCUUGUUAGCUAUGUUGGCAUUAAGGGUGUAAUAAUUUCAAUAUAAAAAAAAAUUGGCAGCAAUGUUUCGUAAUUGAAACCGUACCAUUUAAAAUCCUUGAAAUAGGGCAGUAAAUAACACAUCACCUGGCUUAUGGUGUUUGUAUUCUUAACAAUAAAUAUUUCUGUCUUUCCAUGGUCAUUCUUCAGUCAGUUCAUAUAGCAAGCAAACAGAACCUAUUGGCUGCUUUCAAGCAUCUUUCAUUCAACAUCUGGGUGCGUCCAAUUGGAGUAAGUGGGGGGGGGGGGGGUGCUAGGGCUACACACCUGCGCUCUAAUCAUUUUUUUUUAAAUUAAAUGUUUGUUGUAGUGCAGCCUGAAAACGAAGUAGGAGGGAUCUUUCAAUUCUGUCCUCAAAAUCAAACCAUCUUGGGAGCCACAACAUUUUAUGUCCAUUUUACCAUCUUGGCUGUAAAUGUGUCUCAGUAUGUGCUAGUAUAAACUAAAAAAUAUAAACAAAAACUACGGACUUACUUUGCUCUGCCUUAAGUUUUAGCUCAGCUAUAACCACUUUUCUCGCAUCUUCAGCAGGAAAUUUUUCCUCAAAAGUGGAAUAGUUUCUUGUAAAAUGUCUCUCAAUACUGGACUUCACACACUGGAAGUCAGCUACUCAUUUGCCAGCUUCUUGGUCGAUUUUACCCAUUCCACCCUAAAUGAGCUGCCCGAAUGUGACUGCUGCACCAUUUAAGGUGGAACAGCAAAAGUAGAACAGUAAGCUGGCGUAUGAGAAGCUGACUUCAGCUUUGUGACGUUUUAGUGUUUGACAGUUUUUCAUUGCAGAUUAAACAUAUCAGGAAGCCAACUGAUUGCUCGUAAAUGCAAAUAAGUCCAUUCGUCUCCAAGUCAUCGAUGUUUCGGCCUAAAUUUUUCUGUUUGCCUUUUCAUUAGAUGCUAGCUAGGUGAAAUUGUUGUUGCGUUGCUAUGGUGACCAGCAGUCUGCACAGCAGCCUUUAGGGUUAAAGGGUGAAUUAGCAGUUAUACAAUAACUCCAGUAUUUAAGACCAUUUAUUGUUAAAGUGAUCAGCUGAGUUUCAGUUUUCUGCAAAGGAAGAUUAUUUAAUUUUCACCUAAACAUCUAAAUCUGCUCUGGAGCCUCAACAGGGCAGUAAAAGAGCCACAUGCAGCUCUGGACCGCCGGUUGCCAUACAAAGGUUCCUUUUCAUUGCUCAGUCAAUAGGUUGAAUUUUCCUCCUCUAACCUCUUAUUCUUCAGAGUAUAUUUUGGUUUUUCCAUCUGAAUCGUAAGGCAAAUUAUAGUAACUGCAUGAAAUCAAUGCAAAUAUUUUUUGUAAAAGCUCCCGUCAAUUUAACAGAAAAUGUGUUUUAUGAUCACACAUUGCUAUAUGCUUAAGAUAAGAUAAGAUAAUCCUUUAUUAGUCCCACAGCGGGGAAAUUCACAAGCAAUAAAGCUUAGAGUUUAUUGCUGAAAGCCAAAAGUCCUAGACUCUCCUUGUAUUAUUUUAUAAAAAUAUUUUUUACAGACUGAAGAGACACCGUCUGUUUAUAGUUUGUAGCCCAGAUUUGUGGAAAAAUCGGUCGAUUUCAGUAGACAAAAAAAAUUGAGGCUUUAUAAAUUACAUUACCCAUCUAUUUGACAGUUGCAGCUCUCACAUGACACCCACUUUCUGAAUGUAGCUUAUGAAAUAUGAAAGUUAGGUAGAAUAUGACGAAGUGUAUUUUGGAACCAGUGGUUCAAAGGAGUUUAAGAGCCUAAGCUAAAAGUGAGUCCUGUCCAAUUGGAGAAAAGGUAAGCUUACUGAGAAAUCCUGCUUUGUGAAAUAAACCCCAGGUACAGUUUGGUGAGUUCUGUGGUCAUUAACAGGUCUAAUCUAACUGUGCUGAACACAGUAGGACUGUAUGUAUGAUCUAGCAUAGCUUUUACUCAGAGCUGUUAGAUGUUCCCUAUAUAUUUUCACCAUACAACACUAAUCAUGUAAGACUGUAAUAUAAUGCUUUGGAUAGAUAUCUAAAAUUUAUAAGGGAUGUAUUUAUUCUUCUAUCAAGAUUUUGACUAAGAUGCCAUACGCACAUUUUCAUUUUGCAACAGUGUACAUUUGGGACGUCUUUGAGCAAACUUGUUUACCAGCUGAAUUUACAUCCUAUAAUGAGCCUCCCUGCUUUGUGUGAGAAAAUAGAAGUUUAGCAGCUUCACAAAGCAAGGGCUAAAGAAGUCAUCAGGGAAAUGGACACAACCAGACACAAUCUAAAUGAUCUGAAAGCUGGUUCCAGGUGAAUAAGGGCACAUUUUACCAGGACUGUAUCGUAUGUAUCAGUGCUGUGUGUAAAUGUUAGGGCUAUGAUGAUAUAUAUUAAAAUGAUGAAGGAUUAUAUUGUUA